UGCACGCUAUGAUUUCUCGAAACCCCUCUUUCCUGAUCCUGCACACACUCGUCACACUCCAGUCUGAGGUGGUCACAUAAAAACUGCUGACUGCUUCUCGUUACCAGUUUCGUUUGCAGUUCGAGUGCAAGUUACGGGUUAUAAGCAUUCUAGAUAGAGCCUGAAAGAAUCAUGUGCAGUCCAAUGCAAGAACCUGUUUGUUUGGUGGAAAAUUUGAAUGGUUCACUGUGUGUUAAUACGGAAGCUAUUGAGUACCUGUCCAAGAAUAACCAGCCGGUGGUGGUGGUGUCUGUGGUGGGACUCUAUCGCACAGGAAAGUCUUACCUUUUGAAUCGCCUCGCAGGAAAAAAAACAGGUUUCGCUCUGGGUAGUACCAUUGAGUCAAAGACUAAAGGUAUUUGGAUGUGGUGUGUGCAGCACCCCUAUAAUGCUAAACAAACUCUUGUGCUGUUGGACACUGAGGGACUGGGAGAUGUUGACAAGGGAGACUCUAAAAACGAUGCCUGGAUCUUCUGUCUGGCUGUUCUUCUGAGCAGUACUCUGGUCUACAACAGCCGUGGAACCAUCGACAACACAGCAGUGGAAAAACUACACUAUGUCACUGAGCUUGCAGAGCAGAUUAAAAUAAGAUCACCUGCAUCUGGAGAAGCUGAAGAGGAGGAUGAAGAGUUUCAGUUUGUGCAGUUUUUUCCGAAUUUUAUUUGGGCGGUGCGUGAUUUCUCACUGGAGCUAUUUAUUGAGAAAAAGGGUCAAGUGACUGAGGAUGAGUAUUUGGACUUUGCCCUGCAGCUGAAGAAAGGUAUUAGUUUGAAAAACAGCAACUACAAUCUUCCAAGGCAGUGCAUUCGAAACUAUUUUCCAACACGGAAGUGCUUUGUGUUCCCAUUUCCUGCAUCACAGGAAAAAAUGGUUUGCCUUGAAAGCCUGGAUGAGAGUGAAAUCUGGCCCAAAUUUCUGAAUGUUACACAACAUUUCUGUGACUAUGUCUUCACUUCCAGCAAAGUUAAAACUGUUAAAGGAGGGCACAGAGUCACAGGGAGGAGGUUUGGUCACCUUGUGCAGUCAUAUGUAAAUACAAUUUCUAGUGGGAAAGUCCCUUGUCUGGAGAAUGCUGUGGUUGCAAUGGCAAUGAUAGAAAACCAGGCAGCUUUAGAACAGGGGAUUAAGCUGUACAAGUGUGAGAUGGAACAGGUCAAGAGUUUGUUUCCUAUCAGUUUGAGUGAAUUUUCUGCUAAACACCAAGAGAUCAGCAACAUGGCCACCACUGAGUUUAUGAAGCACUCGUUUAAAGAUGAAGAACAGGAAUACUUUAAGAAACUGAUGGAGGCAGUAGAUAAGCACUAUACUGAUCUAAUUGUUCAGAACAUGGAGGCAUCAGAACUGAAAUGUGAGAAGAUUCUAUCUGAUUUAUAUGAGCAGAUGAAUGUGCAUAUGCAAAAUAAGGAGUAUGCAAAGCGGGGAUAUAAUAUUUACUGCAAACACAGAGACAUCAUCAUUAAUCAAUAUCGACUGCAUCCCAACAAAGGAAUCCAGGCUGAGGAAGUGCUGGAAAGGUUUCUGAAUGGAAAAAGUGCAGAGGCUAAAUUAAUUUUGCAGACUGAUGAACAGCUGACUGAAAAUGAGAAAAAGAUUCAAGAGGAGCGAGAACAAGCAGUUCUGUUAGAGCAGAAAUAUAUAGUAGAAAAGGAGAAAAAGUUGGAGAUUGAAAACAUGAUGCAGGAGGAAAAAGUGCACAAUGAGCAACGGCUACAGCAGCUGGAGAGGAAGUAUGAGGAGGAGAAGAUUCAGCAGCAGCAGGAGCUGGAGAGAGCACUCGAGAACAAACUAAAAGAACAGAAAGAACUUGUAGAGAAAGGGUUUGAAGAAAAAGCCCAGCUGAUGGGGCUGGAAAUUCAGCAACUUAAACAAGAAAAGGAAAAACAGUCUGGUGGGUUUAAGGAUUAUGUUAUGCCUCUUGUAGACACUGCAAAAGAUGUGUUUUCUACAUUCCUCCAGUAUAAAUUAAUGAAGAAAGGCCUGGGAAUCCCAUUCUGAUUAAUACAACAGUUAAUUGAAAACUGUUAAAAACAUUAUCUGAUAAUGAUCAGAUUUGCCAAACUUCGUCAGGGAAAAACGCAAUCUUAUUAUUUUAAAAAGAAUAUGAACUAUUAUACACAAAUGAUAGAAACUCUUUAUAUCAGUAUAAACAUUAUGUUAUAAACUUAGGACAUAGUAACAUUUGAUUUCUUUCCCUGUUAUCAGUAGGAAUAAAGAAAGCAUAUGUUUUGUAAGAAACUUUUAAGUGUGUGUGUGUGGAUGGUAAUGCUUGAGUCUUGCCUGUAAGUAUAGUUUAUAGGGCUGUGCCAGUGACAAACUUUAGCUUCGCAAUCAUGAAAAUGAAAUGCAAAGAAUUACAAUAUAACACUUUUUGUUAAUCACUCUAUUAUAACUGCUGACAUUGUUAAACAAAUGAAGAAAAACUAUUACAAAACAAACAAAGAAAAAUUCUGACCAUUUUUUUUUACUUUUAAUGUAACUUGUCUUAUUAGCAAACUACUGUGUAAAAUAAAAGUGCUGUUAUUGGAAAAUAA